CCGGCUCACAGGUAAAAAAAUGACGUCACACGGAUGGUAACUCUAGGAAGGAGGCAAACACGUACAGAUUUUAAUGAAGGUUUUUUUAUGGGAUUACAAGUUACACCCAACACAUUGAACAGCCCUGCGGUGAUUUAAGUACGUUUUAGGCAUGUGUGGCUUUGAUAAAGAGAAGGGGCCGGGUUGGCUCAUGAAGAAGGGGCUCAUUCUCAUCCUGGUCGGCCACAUCAACUUCAUCCUGGGAGCCAUCGUGCAUGGCAGCGUCCUGCGGCACAUUUCCAAACCCAACAACGAGAUCACCACAGAAUUCACGGCAGCCAACAUCAUAUCCGUGACCUCAGCACUGCUGAGCAUCGCCUCUGGAAUCAUCGCGAUAUUGGUGUCAAGAAAUGUGCCAGUUCGGAAACUGCACAUAGGUCUGGUGGUCAGCUCUCUGCUGAAUGCGCUGCUGUCUGCGGCGUGUUGCGUGGGGCUGCUGAUAGCCAUCAGUGUGACUGUGUCAGGAGACGGAGCUGGACUGAUGAAGGGCUGCAAGAACGCCAGCGAGGUGCCAAUCAACGCCCGCACACCCAUCUUUGUGGAAUGCCCCUUCGACACCACACGCAUCUAUGACACCACGAUGGCCCUCUGGUUUCCCAUGCUGUUCCUGGCGGCCCUGGAGGUCGCCUUGUCCGUCUGGUGUUUCGUCAUCGGACUGACCCUCGGAGGCAUUGGGCCCUGCGCUCGCAUAUACAGACUACAGUAUGGGGAUGAGGCGGAGGCUUUCACACCCAGCAGAAGGCCAGAAGGGACCACCGCCCAGGCAUAGACAACGACCCUGGACAAUGGGCAGGAGUGGGAUGAUGAUGAUGAGCACACUAAUCCUGACUGCUCCACACCAUCCUGGACUACCAUCCUUGUAUGAGGUGUUUAUAAUCUCAGUGCUGAGGCAGGUUCUCCCACUGUCUCAGAAGUGCCAUCAUGUGUCCCGUCACAUUUUAAACAUUUUAUGAAAUAUUUUUUAUCUGUAGAAGAAAUGUUUAUUAUAACAGCAGUUUUGUAUUAAUAUGCUUAAUAUGCUGGGACAAGAUGUCAUAUUACACAGCAGAAGCAUACCUGCCUCUCAGUAAAGGGGUAAAGUAUUAUGCAGUACCCAGAGCUCAAGAUUCCAUAAACUACCCAAUUUACUGUUGAUGUGAAAACCCUCCACUGUUCUGAAACAUUUCUUAAGUUAAUGGACAGCUGUUUGUCUGACAGCUCUCCACAUGGCCAGCCUUGCCUCCUGAGGUCUAAAGUGCAUUAAAUCAGCCCUGCACAUCAGUGGUGAUGUGGGGAAGAGA